UCUACAUUGAGGGUGUGAAGUGAAGACUCCUAUUUUUUUGUUAUAUUUCAUGUACAUUUGGCUCUCCGACAUUGAACAAUAAAAAAACGCGCAAUGAUCAGUCAUCCAAUGGAUAACAAUCACCUCAAAGUGCAAUUGCAAUGAGUGGGAGAAAUAGAAAGCAAAGAAAUUGUGCCCUAUCGUGAUCAUCUGGAGGAAAACGAUUUUUUGGGUUCUGGAGAUCACUUGACAUUGGGAUCGCUGAGCCAUAUUAUCUGAUUGAAACUCCUCACCUGCUCACGUUUCACACGUCGAUUAUAACUUGCAACGGAUGUAUACAGAAUCUAUGGAGUGUAGAUAAUGAGGUCGUGAUUAUCUGGUUGAUUUAAUAAAUAACGACAACAACAAGUGGAGAAAAAAUGCCUGAACCAGAUGUCAGUGCUUCUGCACCAGAACCUUCAGCAUCCCCAUCAACCCCUCAGUCUCCAGAGGAAGAUCCCAACCCACCACCUGGUAUCCUCAUGACUCAUACGUCACGCACAGUUCAAGCCAUCCCAGAGGUCAAUCGUACGACUGCCUCCAGUAUCUUCCCCAAUGGUGUGCCAACUAAUUUAGAUGCCAUCAGGCCGAUUAUAUCUCAAGCCUACUCUUUAUUCUUCCAGAAUUCAAUGUCCCUGACAUCCUGGCUGAACGCAAGAUUUCCAGGUCAGACUAACUACGUGGCGCAGCCACCCCAGGCAAUAACAAGCCCCCCCACGGAUUCAUUUGUGAUAAAUUUAAAUGAUGAACCGUCGACACCACUUCCUCAACCCCAAAAUCCACCGCAUUCUCACCACGAGCACCACGUCCACAUCCAAAGGUCAACGGCAGCAGAUAAUUUUUACAACAAUAUACGAGAGGCUUCCACGAAUGCCGUCAACAGUAAUAAUAGUAUUAUUAGCAAUAGUAAUGGGAAUAAUCAUGAGAGUGUCAAUGAUAGUGGGGAUCCGUCGGUGGAUUCGUUGCCAAUGAGGCCAGAGGCCCAGGAGCUAUUUAAAACAAUUCAGAAUCAUCUCCCAUUUGCUGCAUUAUUGCUGACAAAAGCUAUCUAUGACCAUCGAUCCGGCACCCUGUGCCUAGCAGUGCUCCUGGUUGCAUUCGUCAAGGCGAAUAAUGAUUUAAAGAAGGAAAUUGCCAAGCAAGCCAGCAAAAGUGGCAAAUCCCUUUUUCAUAUUCUGUGUUAUGCAUUUGGUGCCUUAGCCAUGACUUCGCUUGUACUCGAUAAUUAUUGGUUCUUCAUUUCUUUGGAGUUUCGAUCUUUUUGGGAUUUACUCUGGGGCAACAUUAUUACGGAUUUCGCGGUUAAACUCUCUACCGUUGCUGUGAAGACACUCUUGACUUGUCUGCCUGGAAGCAUUCUGCCGUUUCAAAAGAGGGGAAAAUACUACCUCUUCAUCGAAGCGCUAUCCCAGCUCUACAGAUCAGUCAUUCCUAUAUACUCCUGGAUGCCAUUUUUCAGGCAAUCUUAUCAUGGAUCCGAAGUGGUUAUAGGAAUAAUUAUGGCUUCUUUAUAUGGAGUUAUAAAAAUUCGGGAAUUUCUAGUUCGGGGGAAAUUGCUAGUGAAUGCUUUUAUCAAAUUUUGGCAGAAUGUGAGCCUUGGAUCGCCCCCCUCCAAAGAGCAGUUGGCAGCUUCUGGUGGUACCUGUGUCAUCUGUCACGAGGAAUAUUCUACACCAGUGCAACUCCAUUGCAAACAUAUAUUUUGCGAGCCUUGUGUAUCAAUAUGGCUUGACAGAGAGAGAACGUGUCCUCUCUGCCGUUCCCCAAUAACAGACGAUCCCAUCUACAGGGAUGGUCACACGACGCAUUUCAUCCAAUUUUAUUAAAAUAAGAAAAAAAUCCCGUCCCUCCCCUAUUUUUUACAAAUUCCACAUAUAUAUGAUGAAAUAA